UUUUAGAUUUUAAAAGCUUAAAAUUAUUAAAACCAAUGGAUAUCGAUUCUAAAAAUAAAAAUAUUUUAAGAGACUCUCUCUCCUCGGAGGUUUUAACGGACAUUUUCUCUUUUUUACCCCGAAAAAAAUUAAUUAAAAAUGUCGAGCCUGUCAACAAAUAUUUUUUUGAACUUUCCAAAGAAAAUGUCAAAUCUGCCCAUUUAAUUACAAAAAAUGAAAAUUUUAUCCAAAAUUUGGCUAAUAAUUUGGAAGAAGCCAAACAACAAUAUUUAAAUUUAUCUUCAAGUGACUGUAGUUUGGCUGAACAUUUUGCUUUAAAAAAUGUUUUUAAUGUUGUAAUUAGCAGUGAUGAGAAAACGAAUAAUCCACCUCAAUAUAAGGUUUUAAAUUAA